AUCUGUCACGAAGCAGAGACAGGUGAAAUCUGGGACAAUGUGUCCAGUUAGAGGACAGGUUCCUGCAGACAGCAUGUGAGCUGGACGUGUCCCCUCAGAGGACAUCCGAGGACAUUUCUCCGCAGACACACCUUGCUGCUAUAAUUAGCCGCCUCUCUGGCUGCUCAACCCGCAUGUUUUGGCUUGUUAGGCUCCGCUGCUGCUCUCACUUCCGUGUUGUCUGUCACCGUAAAGCAGGAAGCCAGGCAGUAAUGUGUGGGAGUUAAUCUGCGGGUGUUUACCUCCAGGUGAUCCGCGGCGUCCAGAUACUCUGAACCCGGAUACCAGGUGAAGCGGAGCGGCGGCAGGAGAAGCUACAUGGAGGCUAACUGACGGGGCUCGGCUGGAACGGUCUGCGGUACUUUAGCUCCACAAUGCCCGCCGGAGUGUGUGGCUGCUGCGGGCCGCUGAGGCCCCGGUACAAGCGCCUGGUGGACAACAUCUUCCCAGAGGAUCCCAAAGAUGGCCUCAGUAAGUCGGACAUGGAGAAGCUGACGUUCUACGCCGUGUCGGCGCCGGAGAAGCUGGACCGGAUCGGGGCGUACCUCGCCGAGCGGCUGAGCAGAGACGUGGUGCGGCAUCGCUACGGGUACGUGGUGAUCGCCAUGGAGGCGCUGGACCAGCUGCUGAUGGCGUGCCACUCCCAGAGCAUCAAGCCCUUCGUGGAGAGUUUCCUGCACAUGGUGGCCAAGCUGCUGGAGUCCAGAGAACCGGACCUGCAGGUUCUGGGAACGAACUCGUUUGUGAAGUUUGCCAACAUCGAGGAGGACACGCCUUCCUACCAUCGCCGCUACGACUUCUUCGUCUCCCAGUUCAGCGCCAUGUGCCACUCGACUCACGAAGACCCAGAGACCAGAACCAGGAUCCGAGUCGCUGGGAUCAAAGGUCUUCAGGGAGUCGUGAGGAAAACUGUGAACGAUGAGCUGCAGGCCAUCAUCUGGGAGCCUCAGCACAUGGACAAACUGAUUCCCUCCAUGCUGUUCAACAUGCAGGACGCCGACGACCUGGACAGGGCGGGGCAUCCCAGCACGCCGUCCGGGUCGGGUCAGGAUGGCGAUGAGAACCCGGCGGCUCUGGCUGAGAACUGCUUCAGGGAGCUGCUGGGCCGAGCCGCGUACGGAAACAUGAAGAACGCCGUCCUGCCCGUGUUGGUUCACCUGGAUAAUCAUCACCUGUGGGACCCGAAUGAGUUCGCCGUGUCCUGCUUCAGAAUCAUCAUGUUCUCCAUUCAGGCUCAGCACUCGCAUCACGUGAUCCAGCAGGUUCUGACCCACCUGGACGGGAACAACAAGAGCACUCCGCGGGUCAGAGCCGGCAUCGUCCAGGUUCUGCUGGAGACGGUGGCCAUCGCCGCUAAAGGAUCUGUGGGUCCGACGGUCCUGGAGGUCUUCAACACGCUGCUCAAACACCUGCGGAUGAGCGUGGACAUGGAGCUGGGCGACGGCUCCAGGAGGAACUCCAACAGCAGCGUGUCGUCGGUGCGCGGCCGGGAGAGCGACGAGCGCAUCGUGCAGAACGCCAUCAUCCAGACCAUCGGGUUCUUUGGUGGAAAUCUGCCAGAUUACCAGCGAGCUGAAGUCAUGAUGUUCAUCAUGGGGAAAGUGCCGGUGUACGGGACGCCGUGCCACACCUUGGACACGGUGAAGAUCGGGCCUCAGGGAACCAAGAGGAUCCAGACGAUGCUGCUCAGCUCCCUCAUCAUGGUGACCUCUGGGUUCAAGUCCAAGUCCAUGUCGGCGGCGCUGCCUCCUCCCUUCCUGGACCCGCUCUUCUCCAUCUCGCUGAUGGAGGACAGCGAGUUGAGGCAGCUGGUCCUCGAGAUCCUCCACAACAUCAUUGAUCGCCAUGACAACCGCGCCAAGCUGCGCGGCAUCAGGAUCAUUCCCAACGUUGCAGCUCUGAAGAUUAAAAGGGAGAAAAUAUCCAAGCAAGAUGUUGCAUUCAUGAAAAAGCACGGCCAGCAGCUCUACCGCCACGUCUACCUGGGCUGCAAAGAGGAAGACAAUGUCCACAAGAACUUUGAGCUGCUCUUCACCACCCUGGCCAUCCUGACCAUCGAGCUGGCCAACGAGGAAGUGGUCAUCGACCUGAUCCGCCUCUCCAUCGCUCUGCAGGAAAUGGCUCUGAACAACGAGGAGAACAUGCCGAUGUCCAUCCGCUGCGGCAUCAUGGCGCUGGUGGCGGCGUACCUCAACUUCCUGAGUCAGAUGAUCCCCAACCCGCUGUUCUGUCAACACGUCAGCAAGGUGAUCGAGUUGAGAAACUUGGACGCUCUGUACCUCCUGCCUGAUCACAUCUUCAGAGACAAGUGUCCGCUUCCUGAGUCUUUGGACAAAGACGACAGGCAGCUGUAUUUCCAAACGGCGGACCUGGCAGAGUGCCUGGCAGGUCCAGGGUACAACGUGGAGAGGUUGUCCAUCCCUUACAUUCCCCAGGUCACAGGAUGCUCAGACAGCAAAGCAAGGGACAGAGCAGAACGAUGGAGAGGUGGCUGGAGCUUCAGGGCUCCAGAUGAAGACCGUCUGACCCGCAGGAAGAGUUUUGUGGACACCGUCUCUCUCCAGGUGGACAUCAUGUCCAGCAGCCUGCCAGAUAAGCAGUCGGAGCUGGCUGAGGAGAUUACGUUUGAGACCCUGAAGAAGGCCAUCGAUACGACCGGCUUGGAGGAGCAGGAGAGGGAGAAGAGGCGUCAGGUGAUGGAGAAGUUCCAGAAAGCUCCGUUUGAGGAGAUCGCUGCUCACUGCGAGUCCAAGGCCAACAUGCUGCACGACCGCCUGGCCCAGAUCUUUGAGCUCACCAUCCGGCCGCCGCCCAGCCCGUCCGGCGUGGUGUCCAUCUCAGCGGGUCACACCCAGCAUCCGUCCGUUCCCGUCUACGAGAUGAAGUUCCCGGACCUGUGCGUCUACUGAACGACUCAAAACAUCAACAAAGGCGACCUCCGCUUUUCCUCCAAUCAGAGCGCUGCCAGGCGGCAGGGAACCAAUCAGAGACUCAGACAUGCGGCGGGCUGAACCGGCUGCACGUCGUUUCUCUGAUUCACGUCCCUGAACCCAAACGGUCCAACAGAACAAAACCCGAACAACGCAAACCGCUUUACGCUCCGUGUCGAUGCUCAAGCUUCACGCCGUGUAGAAAAACUAACCGAUCCUGUUGGAUAAAAACCACCUGCAGGUUUUAACAGCAGAGGAUCCAGUAGAUCAUCCGAUACGUCGACCCGAUCGUCUGUAUUUACUCGUAAAAAACCAUCAAAUCGAAUCCGUUCAGUUCAAACGGCUCAUGGUUGGUGAAACGGAUCCAGCUUUUAUUCCUGAAGCUUUUUAAGGAUUUGAAGAUUUACAAAAUCACAACUUUCACAAUGAUUCUUGGAUUAAAAUUAGGCAAAAUUUGCAAUGUCUCAGUAUUUGUUCAAUCCAGGAAGUCGGUGAAAUGGGAUUUUGUCUGACAGAUUUUCCAGGAAUAACUUAGAAAUAAACUCAAUUAGUCUCGUUUUUCCUGAAACAAAGUAGAGAACAAAAUGAUAAAAAUGUUCAGUUUCCAAAUAUUUCACAGCCAGAUGAUAAGGUAAUUUUCAAAAUGACAUUUUUUGAGAACCACGUAGGGUCCAAAAAUAAAUCUUUUACAGAUUAUAAUGAAUAUUGUGAUGUUAAAAUUAAUGUAAUUCAACAAGUUUUCUUGUUUGAAUCUUCAUUUUUUUCUGCCCUCUGUGUUCAUAGACUAAAAUAAAUUUUUCUUGAUCUCAAACACAACCAUUAGAAGAGUUUGUGUAAAAUUAAUUCAUAUUUAGGUUUUUAAGGAUAAAGUAAAACCUUGACAUAUUUUCCUUUGUCUUGUGAACUAUGAUGAAAUAUUUUAGGUCUGAUGGAAGAAAUAUUUCUUCAGAGUUUAAUGUUUGACCAAAAUAAACAGAAAAGCUUCAACUUUCAUGCAGAAAUAUGAAGAAUUACAAUUUUUAUGAACCUUGAAAUAAAAAUCCAAUAUGGCUGCCACAUAUUUAACCAAGUGGAAACAACCGCAGUCAUAAUUCAUUUUUUUCCACUUACUUACCCGCUCUGUUCGUCACGCGCCAACAUAAACACCGUCAUGCAGUUCAGCACCUGGACACCAGGGGGCAGUGCAUCACAAUUUAUGGACUUGAAGCGCUAGCUUGUUUGGCUCCUGCCUGACCAGCUAACUGGCUAAAGAUGCGACACUUUCCCACUAUAACGUCGUAUUUACGGCACCAUGGUGGUUUUAGGACGGCUCUACCAAAGAGUUCGCUUCCAGUUAUCGGUUCACCAGGCGAACCGGGAUUAAAUUCGCCGGAUUAGUUCCAGAUUAGAAGGUAUGUGACCCGCUGGGCUUCAUCAACCCUUUAAAUCAAAACUGCAUCGAUAUUCCUGGAUUUUCUUAAAGCUGGUUUGAAAAGCUGUAAAAUCUUAGAGCUUGUUGUCAUGGCUACUAAACCCAAGGGUGUAAAGUUUGCAGAAGUGGGUCGGUUCGGAGUGUGGAGGUUCCUGAGGUUCCGGUCGGGCUGCAGCUGGUUUUGGUUACCAGAAUAUUCCUCCGGGCUGAAGGUCAGACAUGAGCGAACGAUCCGGGACACAUCGAGCUGAUCUGAUCCGAAUCGUUUCCCGGUGGUACCGUCGUACGUUGGGCUCGUCGUGGUUCCUGAAAAGUGAAUGUUGAUGGUUUUUAUUCACCAGCCUGAGCCCGUUAAAGCUGAACUGCGCACUGGUUUCAUUACUUUAACUAGACCAAAACCAGCAGAACAUCCGUUGGGACGCGUUCAGAAAGAACCGCUGACUGUCGCUGAGUUCGGGUCCAAAAGAUGGAAACGGAUUAACGUGAGUUCCUGAAGGUGCAAUACCAACUAUGACCACUAGGAGUCGGUUUCAGACCCAAACAUUAUUUACUAAAGUUAAAGCAGCAAAUAGAGCCCACAGGAUUAAAUAUGCUGGAAAAUAAAAGUUUGUCCUGUGAAACUUUGAGCUUCGUUUCUGUUCCUGAAUAAAAUCUAUAAGUAAAUAUUUCACAGAUUUUUCAAAUGCUUUCUAGCUCCUUGAUAUUCGGUCUGGUACGUCUCCACCAGCGUCUUUCCAUAAUCUUGGUGGCUGAUAUGAAAGGUUCUGGGCGAUGUUUCAGUUUUUACCUGAGGUUCCCUGAGUUCUGGGACGGACGGGCUGCUUUCCUGCCUCCAAGAGUUUGAUCUCGACUCGAUCGACAUCGUUGUCUAGUCUAGUAAUAGUUUAUCUGUGCAGCCGUCAGGCGGGUCGGGCAGGUUGAGAUCGUCCACCAGCUUCUGUACAGAAACCUGAUCCAAACUCGGUCCGUUCAGAUCGAACCGGAGCAAACGGAUCCGUUGGUGAAUCCCGACCUUCCCAAACUAACCACAUGAUUCGUUCUCUAAAUAUAAAACACUGUAAAACCUGAUCAGUCUAGAACCCGACGUGUCACCGCCCGGCCCAGUCCGGUCCGGUCCGGUCCGGUGACUGGCUUGUUUUAGACGUGGCUGGAAAACGUGCUGAUUGUCGCUGACGCAGCAGAUCGUAUAUUUUUGUACAUUUUAUGCAUCACAUGGUUCAGUUGCUGCCUGGUGGAGAUUUCAAACAUAUCACUGAAAAAAUGCUGAAUCAUCGUUUCUUGUUUGUUGUCGUUUAGCAUUUGGAUCAUGAAUCUUUGUCUCUAAUCAUAGAAAUUAUUUUUGACUAAAAUGAGCUGUUAUGGAAAGAUUUUUAAUUUAGAGCUAAACCUUUUCACCAAAUUGUCAGACAUGUCAAACACCAGCACAGGCCUCCGGCUUCAGACCACUGCUUGAUUUUUGCACAUGAAAGUUUGUCAGUAUUAGCGGCUGAGUGCAGGAGAGACCAGCUCUGGCAUUUCAAACCCAAACGGAUCGCGGUUCCACAUGUUUGCACUUAAAACGGUUCCGAGGCACAAAAACAGCACAACGGAAAUGUUUUUACUCUGAAUGUUCAGCCCGAUUAGACCGGCCUUACUGUGGGACGCGCCCAGGAUGGAGCCGCUCGUUUCCACGGCAACAGCGAAACCUUCUCGUUUUAUUCGUCUGUGCUGCAGCAGUCUGUAUUCUUGUGCCAGUUUUAGAGAAACGUCUCGUCUCUGUUCACCUUCAAAGAUAAAACGCUGACGCUCAGAGUUGUUGUUCAGUGAUUUAUGACCACUAGGUGGCGCCAAGGCUCAGCUCUUCCUGCAGGUUCAGGAAAUGUCGUCGUUUUUGUUCUGGACUCACUGAUCUGAAGAUGAUUGGCUUUUAUGUUCUCUCGUCUCAUUUCCUGAACCUGAGCUGCAGCAGAGCCUCGGCGUUUACGAUAAUGUCUCAGAAUGUGUUGAAAUUUUAUGUUGGAGAUUCAAAUAAAAUGUUUCUAUUGAA